UGCCAUGAGAAACGUCUGUCACACUGACCACACAUUGUCUGGAUGGGUUGGCGGGGGACUAGAACGCCUCACCCUGACAGAAUAUAUAAGGGAAAGGGACCGGGUAAAGAAGCAGGCACACUCAAACUGUGAUCACAACCAGAGAAAUGACUUUGGACAUCAUGAAACCCCAGGCUGCUCUUCUGUGGGUCUGUUUACUCGGGACAAGCUUUGCUCUUCCACUACAGAUUGGAAUUAUUGCAAGCAACAGCAAUGAGAUCCUAAGACUGAAUGGAUUAACUCUUGCUGCUCUUGGACAAGCACAGGUAUCUUCCCUGUUACCCCAGUUUGUGCUGCAGCAGCAGCCUGAGGUGCUGCUCACUCCACAGAUGGUGAACAUGAACCCUCAAAUGGUAGGGCCCUUCUCUCCUCAGGGGCACCAGCUAUUCUUCCCCUCUCAGGGCAACCAGCUUACACCUAUGAUCGUCCCCAAUGCUCAGCAAGAGCAGAUUGUGACCCCACAGGACCCCAACGCUCCUAACAUCCCCCAGCAGGCCCAAAACCCAGUUCAGAUGUUUCCAUCUUUCCAGUAUCCGCCUUUCGGCUUCCCUCAGUAUUCCAGACAGGGCUACCCUUACUUUGUUCCUCCUUACGGCUAUCCCCAGCAGAGGAACACUGCAGUGCUGCAGCCCAACAAUGCUCAGCAAAACUUGGAGAGAACCACACACAGACCACAGCUCCCUCUGCAGCAAGCUUCUCUGCCUAGGGUGCAAACAGAAAAAACAUGGCCGAUGGGGACACAGAAGGAGUCUACUACAAUUCCUCCUGAUCCUCGUGGUGACACAUCUGGGCCUGGAGUUGAUGAGGGCAACGGCAACUUCCCCUUCCUGUUUGAACCCUAGAUGUCACCUUGGCAAACAAUCUGUGUUUUUGGCCACACUUGCUCAAAUGCUCUACAAUGUGCCAUCCUUCCAAACCCAAUUAAUUUCUACUCAGUUAUUUUUAUGAUAUACUGAAAUUGUCUGACUUGUUUCAGGAUUGUUAUCCCCACUUCCAUAUCAUGUCAAAUAAACAACUCUGACAAAA